AUGAGCUCUUCUUCUCCUCGCCCGCCGACGUCGCGGGCCGCGUCGCCGUACGGGUGCUGCUGCCACCGCCCGCUCCUCGCGUCCACCUCCGCGCCGACCAGGAGCAGAGGCGCUCGCCUCGCGCUCACGCUCAGCUCCUCGUCCCUCCCGCUUCCGGCCGGCCCUCGCAGCAGGUCGAGGAGCCGGAGGGUGGCAUGCCGUGCGGCCGACGAGCCUGGGCCAGCCGCCAGCAAUGGCGACGAGGCUGUGGAUGAUGCUCCAUCGCCUCCAGCCGACAGUGUUGUCCAAGCAGAUGCAGCUGCAGAGACAGAUAAUACGAAAGAUGAAUCCCCGAAUGCAGAGCCGCUAAACUCCGCUCUCACAUCGCUUCAGAACAUCGACCGGUAUGCUAAAGCAGCCGCUGACAGCGCCGCGCAGACGAAAGAUGAAUCCCCCAAUGCAGAGCCAGUAAGCGCCGCUGUCAAAUCACUUCAGAACAUCGACCGGUAUGUCAAUGCAGCCGCUGACAGCGCUGCGCAGACGAAAGAUGAAUCCCCGAAUGCAGAGCCGGUAAGCGCUAGCGACACGGUUCAGAGCAUCGACGGAGAUGCUACUGCAGCCGCUGACAGCGCUGCGCAGGAGCAGCUGCUGGAGGUUGAUGUUAAUGUUGCUAGUGGCUCUCCUUUGCCUGGAAUGAAGCAACAACUUGAAGAAGCUGUGAGUAUCCCCAAGGCUACAGUAGACAUUCUAAAGGAUCAAGUUUUCAGUUUUGACACGUUCUUCGUGACCAGCCACGAGCCUUACGAGGGUGGAAUACUAUUUAAAGGGAACUUGCGUGGUGUGCCAGCCAAAAGUUUUGAAAAGAUCACAACUCGACUAGAGAACAAAUUUGGCGAUGAAUUUAAGGUUUUUCUUCUCAUCAAUCCAGAGGAUGAGAAGCCAGUUGCAGUAGUUGUACCUAAGCAGACAGUGGAGCCUGCCACUGGAUGUAAUAAUUCUUUCCUCAUAGUCGACGCUAAAGGAAUUGGUCAAAUAUCUUUCUUAUCUGUCCCAGAGUGGGCUGCUGCUGGUGCGUUCGGAGUAGUUACCAUCUUCACUCUGUUGCUUCGGAACGUACCUGUCCUUCAGGACAACUUGCUAUCAACAUUUGAUAACCUUGAGCUAUUGAAAGAUGGACUUCCCGGUGCCCUGGUAACGGGACUCAUAGUAGGGGUUCAUGAAAUUGGACACAUCCUCGCUGCUAAGGAUGCUGGGGUCAAGCUUUCAGUACCAUAUUUUGUUCCUAGCUGGCAGAUAGGAUCUUUUGGUGGCAUCACCAGAAUAGUCAAUAUUGUACGCAAUCGCGGGGACCUGCUCAAGGUAGCAGCUGCUGGACCGGUUGCGGGGUUUUCGCUCGGAUUUGGUCUUCUUCUGCUGGGCUUCACGUUACCUCCAAGUGACGGUCUUGGUAUCAUCGUAGAUCCCGCCGUAUUUCAUCAAUCAUUUCUUCUUGGUGGUCUUGCAAAGCUUAUUCUUGGAGAUGUUCUAAAAGAAGGAACACAGCUAUCAAUCAACCCACUGGUUUUGUGGGCUUGGGCUGGUCUCCUGAUCAACGCCAUUAACAGCAUCCCUGCAGGAGAGCUCGACGGCGGCCGCAUAGCGCUCGCCAUGUGGGGAAGAAAGGUAUCAUCCCGGCUCGGCAGCGUCACCAUUGCAUUGCUCGGGCUCUCGUCGCUCUUCAGCGACGUGGCGUUCUACUGGGCGGUGCUCAUCUUCUUCCUGCAGAGGGGUCCGAUAGCUCCCCUCUCCGAGGAGAUAACGGAGCCCGAGAACAUCUACAUCGGCCUCGGCGUCGCCAUUUUGUUCCUGGGGCUGCUGGUCUGCCUGCCCUACCCAUUCCUCUUCGACCCUUCGCAAGUUACUGAUUUCGACUUUUGA